UUCCGAUCCGUGGUCAGUUAACAAGGCAUUAUUUCAUGGCGUAUUCUAACCUAACAGAAACGUCACGGUAGUUUAAAAUUGAAUAUCAACUUGUAUGGCAUGCUUUUUAGUUGUACCUAACAAACAAGUAAAUAUGUUAAGAAGAUUAAUACAAGACUGAACGUUUAAAGUUAACCUGACUUCUUACUAAUUCUAUUAUUACGAAUGAGACGUAUCAUUUUAAUUUAUUAUAUUGAUUAGAAAUGGAAGAAAGAUAUUUUGGAUGGGAUGAAAUUUCUGAUGGAUUACUUUUAUUAAGUACACAAAAGACUGAGGAUGAGCAUACCAAAAAGACUAAACUACAAUCUGAUACUAAUCAUGUAUCAAAGGUAUAUUGUCCGCACUCAUACUUGAUUUUAAAUUUCCAUGAAACCUUAAGUCAACGUGAUAAGCUCAGAUUUAGGAAAUAUUAUUUAAGGAAGGUAGCUCCAAAUGAACCAAAUGUUAUUAUUUUACAAGAUAUAAAGGAUCUUGUAAUGUAUUUAUUAAUCAGUCACAUAAGCCCUCAAUUUGUGAAUUUCUUCUAUUUACCAAUUGUGGAUCGCUUUUUGAGAGCUGCAAUACUUUAUUUUCAAUAUUAUGUGAUAACAUGGGAAGAAUUAAUGAAAGAACGUACAGCUACUAUGAAAAAAGCACCAAAUCCUUUGGCUCAGGGCUAUAGAUAUAGAUAUGCAGAAGAAAUGCAAAUUCUUCGUUGUGUCUUAGGUAGAGAAUAUGCUGAUUUAAUAGUAGGUUGUCACGAUGUUAUACAAUAUCAUCAUAUGACUGGUGGAAAAAAAGGAGCUCCAUCUGUGACACAAUCUCAAGGAGAAAAGGAUUUACGAAUAUUUGAGGUAUUAAUCUGUAUGACACAUCGUAUUGUCUGGAUAGCUCUAGAACGCAAGUAUUUCAGUUUGAUUGAAAUAGAAUUGCACAGAUUAUUUAGAACUGAAACAUAUAAUAUAGCAGAAAGACGAAGUCAUAUCAUUCAAGAUAUGUUAUCUAAUGAUAUCCAAGUAUUACAAGGACACAAAAUACAAGUAAAAAGAAAAUUAUUAAGAAAUUCACCCUUAAUACAAGGAUUGAUAUACUCAGAUUCUGACUAUCGUCUUCUAUCUUUAGGAAUAGAGGACAAUUCAAAUGAUGAACGCAUUCUUUAUUUGAAAUAUGCACUUGUUGCUGAAGAAGAUAAAUUACACGAACUGGGAAUAAAAGUAGGAAUUUUAGGAGAAAAUAGAACUAAUUAUGAUAUCCUACUAAUGCCUCUGGAAGAAAAAGACGAAGAACAAGACAAAACUCAAUUAUCUGAUAGAAGAAAACAUGAAAAAAGAAGAAGUAUUAAAGAUACAAUGCAAGAUACACAAAUAUCUAUAAAAGUACAAAGACUUCCGUCUUUUCAAACCAAACCCGACCUAACACAAGACUUUUCAACGAGAACAAUUAAUAUUUCACCAAAAGGCUACAAAAUUGCGCGUCAAAAAGCAAGGAAAAAGUGGUUGAUUAGAGAAAUUAAACGGCAAGGAUAUAAAGAAACAGAUACAUACUCAAUAGCAACAAUGAUAGAUUAAUUAUUUUUUUUGAAAAUAAAUUAGGAAUUAUAAGCAUAUUUGUAUCAUAUAAUAUAAAUUAUCGUAAUUUGAAUAAUAUUCUCUUUUAAUUGAAAGUUUAUAAACUUCUUCUAUGCUAUUAUGUGAGCAAAUAUAAAUGUUACAAAUUCUUAAUUUAUGUUAGUUAUAUUUUUAAAUAAAUAAAAUUUUGAAAUUUGUAUUAUUUGAAUUAAACAUAUGAUAUAUAUAAUAUAUACAAAUACAAAUUAAAAGAUAUACAAAUAUAUACAAAUAUAUCGUUAUAACACAACAAAUAAUAACAAAUAACAAAUUUUUGUUGACUAUGUUUGUUGAACUAAAGUAAAAUAAAUAGAACACAAAUCAAUGUUGAGUACUAUUUCAAGACUGUUUUAUUUUUCGUGUAAUUACUUAAAGUUAGUAUGAAUUAGUAACAAUUAAAUAUUUGAAAAUAUGUGUCUAUAUUUGGUUUCGUAAAAAAUUUACUUCAUGCAAUAAUUUAAUUACUUUACAUUUAAUAUUAUCUUGUAAGAUUGAGUAAUAAUGAAUAAAGAAAUACAAAGUAUUUAUAUUUUUAAUUAUAUAAAAAGAGAAUUGUUGAUAACUAAUACAAAAUAUGGGAAACUACUUAAAAUUAUUCGUAACGCGCAUUGAAAAAAUUUAGAAAGAAAAAUACUGAUAAUUAUUUUUAUCGCAUAAGAUAUUAAACAUAGACACAUAUUUCGAAAAUAACGCUUUUAGGAUAUGUGAUAAGGGUGGAUAAACUGAGUACAAUAAGACAAUGUAAAAAAUAUGCUUAUUAUAAUUGGUAAUGCCUAAUAAUGCGUACUAAUGCUGAUAUUUUACAAGGAGAUACAUAUAUAGGUACAUUUGAAGCAAUGCAUUCUUUUAAGAUUAAAUCUUGCAUUGUCCUUAUAUAAAUAAUAACUGUACCUACUUACUACCAUUAUAUAUAAUAACAAUAUAUAUACGACAUUAA